AUGAUUCAACGGGAGUACCCAAUGAACAACGGGUUUAGUACAGGAGAAGAAGAUUCUAGAGGUAAUUCCGAUCAAAUAUGUUGCCUAGUGGAUGACAGUGAUCGAUGUAGGCGACCCGCUGGCAAUGCAUCUUACGGUAAACGCAUACAGAGAAAUGUUAAGAGGCUCAAACUCAAUAUCGACUCUCAGGCUAGACAUACAUAUAUCUGUGAUCACCAUAAAAAAAUGAUACAAGAUGCAAGAGCAAAACAAAGGAGGCCCAAGGAUUCUGAAGAUGAUAGUAAUGAGGUGGAGAUGGAAGCGCCAGAAGUGGACUGGUUUCAAUUGCAAGUAAAUACUCUUAGGCGGUACAAAAGACAUUACAAGGUGCCCACGAGGCCAGGACUGAACAAGGCUCAACUAGUCGAAGCUGUCCAAAAACACUUCAAGACAUUGCCAGUUGAUGAAAAGGAGAUUGUCACUUACUUUAUAUAUAUGGUGAAAACUAAAGGGAAUAAGUUAGAUCAGAAAAAUGGCAUGAACUUAGACUCACUUUAG